AUGUCUCCAGUUGAGACCACUGAGGGUGGGAUGGAGGGCCACAAAGCAAAGUCAGACAGCACAUCUGAGAUAGGCUUCACACAGGAGCAUGGGCUCCUUCUACAAGACUGCUCCCCCAGACCUCCGGGCAUGCAGGCCCUCCUCGCUCUGGAUGUGCCCUACUAUUAUUAUAGCUGCAAGCCAGGUGAGAAGGAUCAUGGGUUAACUGAGGUUUCAGCAUCAUCACACCAAACCCAGCCAAAGACAGGGCUGCCUUCCCAGGUGCCCCACAUGGUGUCCCGGCAAGCUGUCAGAGACUUUGUAGGCUUGGAAAACUGUGAGAAGGCCACUCGGGACGCCAUGGUCAACUUCAGCUUCUACCUGACUAUCGGUGACAUGGAUGAAGCCUUUAAGUCUAUCAAGCUCAUCAAGAGUAAAGCGGUGUGGGAAAAUAUGGCACGGAUGUGUGUGAAAACUCGUCGGCUGGAUGUGGCACGCGUGUGCCUUGGGAAUAUGGGAAAUGCCAGGCCAGCAAAAGCACUAAAGGAGGCGGAGGCUGAGCCUGAAUCAGAAACCCAAGUUGCGAUGUUGGCAGUUCAGCUCGGCAUGUUGGAGGAUGCAGAAUAUCUGCAUAUGCGCUAUGACCUGCUGAACAAUUUCUAUCAGGCUUCUGGUAAAUGGCAGCAGGCUUUGGAAACAGCUGAAAGUUACGAUCGCAUCCAUCUGCGCACCACGUACUACAACUAUGCCAAAUACCUGGAGUCCAUGGGUGAUAAGACACUGGCCCUCACUUACUAUUAGAAAUCAGACACACACAGGGUUGAAGUGCCCAGAAUGCUCCAGGACGACACGUCAUCUCUAGAGAUUUAUGUUAACAAAAUGAAGGACAAGAGCAUCUAUAAGUGGUGGGCCCAGUACCUGGAGAGCCAGUCAGACUUGGAUUCUGCGCUACAUUUCUACGAGUGUGCUCAGGAUUAUCUCUCUCUUGCUCGGAUCUACUGCUACAGAGGGAACAUUCAGAAGGCAUCUGAGAUAGCCAAUGAUACGGGUGACAGAGCAGCUUCUUACCACCUGGCCAGGCAUUAUGAGGGACAUGAUAUCAAACAAGCUGUUCAUUUCUACACACGAGCUCAGGCCUACAACAAUGCUAUACGACUUUGUAAGAACGGCCUGGAUGACCAGUUGAUGAACCUGGCUCUGCUCAGCAACCCAGAGGACAUGAUGGAGGCUGCGUGUUACUACGAGGAGAAAGGCACCCAUAUGGACAGAGCUGUUGCGCUCUACCAUAAGGCUGGCUAUGUCUCCAAAGCCCUUGAGCUGGCCUUCGCCACCCAACAGUUUGGCGCACUUGAGAUGAUCGCAGAGGAUCUCAAUGACAGCUCUGACCCAGCCCUCCUGGCGCGCUGCUCUGACUUCUUUAGCACACAUUCCAAGUAUGAGAAGUCUGUGGAGUUACUGGUAGCAGCCAAGAAGUACCAUCAAGCCCUGGAACUGUGCGUGAAGCAGAAUCUGACAAUUACAGAGGAUCUGGCCGAGAGAAUGACCGUAACUGAUUCAAAGGAUAUGUCUGAAGAGGCACGCAAGGAGCUGCUGGAGAGGAUUGUUGACUGCUGCAUGUCUCAGAGAAAUUACCAUCUGGCCACUAAGAAAUACACACAGGCAGGCAACAAACGCCAGGCAAUGAGGGCCCUCCUCAGGUCAGGCGACACGGAGAAAAUCGUUUUCUUUGCCAAUGUUAGUCGUCAGAAAGAGCUUUUCGUCAUGGCUGCCAACUAUCUCCAAACUCUAGACUGGCGAAAAGAUCCAGAUAUCUUAAAAAAAAUCACUGGUUUCUACACGAAAGCCAGAGCACCCGAAAAGCUUGCUGGCUUCUAUGAAGCUUGUGCUCAGGUGGAGAUUGAUGAUUACCAGAACCAUGAAAAGGCUCUGGAUGCUUUGACUGAGGCAUCAAAGUGUCUUUCAAAAGUAAAGGACACUUCGCCUGGAGAACAGGAAGAACGACUGGCUGUCCUGCAGCGUAAGAUCACCUUAAUCAGGAAAUUCAUUCACAUACGAAGGUUGUACAAUGAGGAUGCCGGGGAGGCGGUGCGGUUGUGUGAAGCCCUGCUGAUGGAGCCAGAGCUGGACCCUGCUGUCAGGAUUGGAGAUGUAUUUGGUCUUCAGCCUCUUGGUCAAACAACAUGA